UAAAUACUAAUUUACUUUCCUCGAAAAUAAAUCACCCCAGUGGAUAUUGCAAAUCAAGAGACAAGCUUUUAUUUAUUUAACAGUGCGAUCGUUGAAACCGUACCCCUAUUCGGAAGCGUUUAGAUAGAGCACCGUCGCGAUAGUUACGAUGGAUGAAACCGAGAAUUAUCGGGACCCGACGACGACGAUGUCCAGGUCGAAUUCUUCGAGUUCUUCCGACUCGUGUCAGCUGCGACUCUCAGAGAGCUUCGCGACGCCAAUUCGAUCGAGUAUGUUCGAAACGGGAAGAGAGGUCAGCCCUGCCAUACAGAGGAUGAUAGAAAAGCUGAACAAUCUGAACCUGGAGACGCCACAGCAUUCCAGGGCGCCCGUUUGCACGCCAGUCAGCCAAUCCCCGCUGACCGUACAGAGCCUCAACAAGGAGGACUUGAGCAGCGGGAUGAGUAACUUGAAACGCGCGUUGGAGUUGCGAUUCAACACGUGUCUGUCCAGCUCGAAGAGGAGAAACAGCAGUCCUCUGCCUAGGAAACACCUUAUCGACAAUCACAAGCUGAUAACCAUGCUGGACGAGGAACGCCAACGUCGACGUGCCUUGAACUCGGAUUCGGACACGGAGAACUCUCCCGAGAAGAUCAGCCCGAUCUUCGAUCGGUCGCUGAACAGGAUUCGCAGCCAUCUGCUGAGCAAUUCGUCGAAACAAGACUCCGAAGACUCUCACCAAGACCUGGAGAACUCGAUGGAGUGCAACCCUUUGCCCGAGGACGACGUCUCCCAGCUGGAGCGCAGCUUUUACGAGUUAUCGGAGGUGUACGUGGUCCUGAAGAAGGUGAACAUGUCGAGGAACCGAACGGAGAAACAUCGGAUAGCGUUGACGAGACAGAACGUACGGGGCGAGGAGAUCUUCAAGGAGGCCAUAAACAUCAGUUUUAACGAUAUACUGACCCCUGAACAGAAGAAUUUGAUUUUGGAGAACUACCUGCAGACCCUCAUCGACGAUUCGUCCAAGAUCGGUGCGUCUGGCUCCAAGAAGGACGAUCAGGAUGCUUUGAACGAGGUCGACGAUCUUCGCGAGCGAAACAACAACGUGGAUAAAGAAACGAACGACUGUUCGAAGCUCGAGUCGGAGAAGCCAGCAGGUUCGGAAGAGAACGUGGAUAAGAGGAAGAAGGAUGUUUGGAUUUCACCGUCCUUCGACCUCAAGUUUCGUCGCCUUUUGGGCAAGUGGCACAAGAUCUGCGAAACAGGCGAGCAAACUUCCCCGAUGAACGAAGACCAGGACAAGGAUCCUUCGCCGCCCGAGCGCUUCAGAUUCGACAGGUCCAAGUCUCUGUCGGCCUUGGUCCCCAGAAUUUUCGAGAAAAUGGCAGACGAGCAGGACGAACGAUCCAAAAGUACUCGAGAGAUAAAAGUCUCGGAAGCCAACGGAGUCGGGGAUCGCAGCGAAUCGAAUUCUAACGAUGGCUCGAAAAUGGACGAGUCCUGCGAUCAGCAGAGCUCGUGCUUCUCGGACAAGUCCAUGGAGAACUUGAAGCUUUCGGAGGAAUCGGUGAAUCAGUCCUGCUCAACCGAUACGAACUCUGUCAACGUGGAGGAGAUGUUAAACUCUGGGAAAGAGAUCGAUCCAGAGACGCACAGGGAACUGGACCUCAAGUUUACAAGCCUUCUCGACAAAUGGCGGGAAAAAUGCGACAACAACAGCAAAAGUUCCGUGAGGAAGAAGAGUCGUUCCGAAUCGGAGACUGCGGAUAUACUCGAUGAAAUCUGCUCGAGUUGCAAGCGUUUCAAAGUAGAGAGAUCGAAAUCAUCCGCGGCUAUACUGAUCCACAAAUCACGCGUGGAACAGGCCUACGAAGAAGAAGACUGCACGUCGUCGCCGGUUAUCUUGACAACGAACUCGGACAGCAAGGAUGAACUUUGCAAAAGCUCGGAGAAGGACGAAUCCGAUAACGAUUCGAGAAGAUCCGUCAACAGCUCGACAGUUGCCAACAUGUUCGACCUGUCCAUGGACCUGGGAUCCUCCUUCGAAACCAAGAGUUGCGAAGACUCUUUGAUUUCUGAGGAAGUGGUGCCCGAACAGUCUUCUUUGGCCAGCUACGAGUCAACCGAGUCCAAAUCGCUGGCGGAGUCGAAGGUUGACGAUGAUUCGUUUUGCGACACAGAGGAGAACGACGACGUUUUCGAGCCCGACAACAGCAGGGAGAAGAUGGUCAGCAAUUUCAGAGACUUCUUGCAGAAAUUAGCCUCCAAGAAGAAGUGCACGCAGAGUCCUGCGGCGGAGAAACCACGCAGAACGGUCCGGAGGCAGCCAAUGUUGACCUUUGCUGGUAGACCCAGACCAGAUGUCCCCUUCCCGCCAUCGCACAAAUUGACAUUGGCAGAGGUGUUCGACGCGCGGACGGAUCGGCCGCGGCCGGAAGUCCUCAAACAACACUUUAUCCUCGAAGGUAGGAUCGACGAGGCGGCGGCCCUUCGUAUAGUCAACGAUGGGGCCGCCCUGCUGCGCUCGGAGAAGACUAUGAUCGAAAUCGAAGCUCCAGUCACCGUAUGCGGUGACAUUCACGGGCAAUUCUACGACCUGAUGAAGUUAUUCGAAGUGGGCGGACCGCCCUCCUCGACAAAAUAUCUCUUCCUCGGCGAUUACGUAGACAGGGGUUAUUUCAGUAUCGAGUGCGUAUUGUACCUGUGGGCACUGAAACUGUGCCAUCCAACCACACUCUUCCUCCUCAGAGGUAACCACGAGUGCCGUCAUCUCACGGAAUACUUCACAUUUAAGCAAGAAUGUAAAAUAAAAUACUCGGAGAGGGUGUACGACGCGUGUAUGGACGCCUUCGACUGUCUGCCGCUCGCGGCCCUCAUGAACCAACAGUUCCUCUGCGUUCACGGUGGACUCUCGCCGGAAAUACACAAUUUAGAAGACAUACGCAAACUGGACAGGUUCAAAGAGCCACCUGCGUUCGGGCCCAUGUGCGAUCUUCUGUGGUCGGAUCCUCUGGAGGACUUCGGGAACGAGAAGAACGCCGAGCACUUCUCCCACAAUAGCGUCAGGGGUUGUUCCUACUUUUACAGUUACGCGGCGUGCUGCGACUUUCUGCAGAACAACAACCUUCUCAGCAUCAUAAGGGCACACGAGGCGCAGGAUGCAGGGUAUCGUAUGUACCGGAAAUCCCAGGUGACGGGCUUCCCAUCGCUAAUUACCAUCUUCAGCGCGCCCAACUAUCUCGACGUUUAUAAUAACAAGGCAGCCGUGCUGAAGUACGAAAACAACGUGAUGAACAUCAGGCAGUUCAACUGUUCGCCACAUCCUUACUGGCUACCCAACUUCAUGGACGUUUUCACGUGGUCUCUCCCGUUUGUAGGUGAAAAAGUCACGGAGAUGCUGGUGAACGUGCUGAACAUUUGCUCGGACGACGAGCUUAUGAGCGACGGCGACGACGGGCUCGAAGAAGUCGCAGCCAAAGUCGUUGUCCAAAAAAAGAAUGGUGCAGCAGCCAAUCUACGCAAGGAGGUUAUCAGAAACAAGAUCAGAGCCAUUGGCAAGAUGGCGCGCGUCUUCUCCGUCCUGCGGGAGGAGAGCGAGAGCGUGUUGCAGCUGAAAGGACUGACACCGACCGGAGCUUUGCCACUUGGUGCGUUAUCUGGUGGCAAGACGUCCCUAAAAAACGCUCUCCAAGGCUUCUCGCCGAACCACAAAAUCACCUCGUUCGCAGAGGCAAAGGGUCUGGACGCCAUAAACGAAAGGAUGCCGCCAAGAAAGGACGCCCCGCCCACGCCGGUAAACGAGGAGAAGCCCGUGAUAAAGCCGCCGACUCCUGCGGGAGACAAGCGAGACCACAACACACCGCAACCGCAAUCGUGAGCCUCACACUCGUCCAAUCAAGGUGGCAAGGAUGGAUCGUAAGAUCCCGAUGCUGUCGCCGCCGCCACCACCAUAAGAUCCAAACCAUUGCUCGUCUCUCCCCCCCGGUUGUUAUCACUAGUGCACUGUUCGUCGAGCCAGGAAGGAAUCGUCGCGGCCGCGUGGAGGAUCUGGAACCCGGAGAGGACUGCCACGUCCAUCGACGCGGGAGCCACGGGGACGGUUGUCGUCGUUCGCGUGUCCGGUGUCGCGACUCGCGUCCCCGGCGACGAUGGAGACGGUCCGUCGCCGGUCUGAUACCGUUCAGAGCGCGUUUCGCGCGCACCAAACGGGGAUUGUUCGCCUCGCGGGAGGCGCUUCACGGCCGUCGUGCCCUCGUCUCUUUCGUCCUCUUUCUCCCAUCCAACGACGACGACGACGACGAUGACGACGACGACGACUCGCGUGACCUGGUGCCCCGGCGUUACGCGCGGCGGACCCCUCCUCGCGUUGGAUCGCAAUUUAGAGAACGCUAGCUUGGGAACAAUGACGACAGAGGAGAGAUUAUUAUUUAAAUACGCGAAUCGUCCGUGUGUACGCGCGGCCCGGUUCCGGUUCCGGUUCCGUUUCCGGUUCGCUGGCACACGCGAGACAACGGAUGGAUCCGCGGUGGUUCGAAUGUUGAUCGCGCGUAGACACGGACCUGGGGUACGCGGAGUCGACGACGUACGUCGCGUUUCGGGUUUCCGGGUAUCGAGGACGAAUCGUCCCCGUCGUCGUCCUCGAUCGGCAACGACGCCGUUCGACGAUAUCUCUCGUUUCCUCGAGCGCCGCGAGGCGAACAAAUCGAAGAAUAGAGAAGCAAAGAUUUAACGAAAAUAAUUAAAAGAAAAAAACAUGAAGCACGAGAAGGAGUAAGGAAACGGAAACAAAGGUGAAAUGAAAAUAAAAAAAAAAAAAAGAGGUAAAUAAAAUAAAAAGGCAGCUGGCCUGUCGGUACGGCGGAGCUUCCGGUUUUAGGAUUUACUAGGUUCUUAAGGAGUCCGCCCUGGGUGGUGCAAGGGCAUCCCCGCGACAGGGUGGGGUUACUUAAAUCUUAAGUCGAGAUAAGCUUAGGGUUAAGCCGUAAGUUAUAUCGGAGAAUUUAUUUAAUAUACGCAUAUACGAUAAAUAUAUUAUUAAUUGAUUAAUAUUAUUAUUACUAUUAUUAUUAUUAUCGUUAUUAUUAUUAAUAUUAAUACGAUACGGUGUUUCUCGCCGCAGAAUGCGUGCACGCGCACGCCCGUUCGCACGAAUGCACGUCGAGCGCGUCGUUUCAUACGUGAUUCGUGAAAUUUAAACGAAUCAUCGGUACGAUUACGCGAUUCGCUGGACCACCCGUCCCACGGACUUUGUUUAAUCGUUCGUUAGCGUCCUAUAGUCUCUACGAAUCGAUUUUGAAAAAGGGGAAAGAUUUUGUUAGUUCGAUGACCAAAGUUACUGCUAAACUUCUAUUAUAAACACUUCGAUCGGUUGUCAAUGUCUUAAGAUCUACUAGAACAAAACGCAACGUCCUGGAAAUUUUUCCUAGUUCCGCACAGGAGAGGUUCGUUCGACUCUCUUAUUAAAUCAUUCUCGAUCACCCUCCUGGUUUUAACUUCGUCUAUUUUAACUUGCUUCGCGCGUCGUUUUAAACCAAAGUCCCGUACGUGUAUUUGAAACAAGCAUGGCCGGUGGAAAUCAUUGCAAGAACUGGGGAGAAUAUUGCUCGUUUCGCUAUUGAUCGAACAAAAGACGGAUUUUCUUUAUAGUUGUAAUUGCGGUACAUAUCUCUCGUUUCACGUGUAUUUAAGACGGAACACAUUUCACCACUCAGCAGUUUGAAAAUGUCGCAGUGCAGACUUUCGGUCGGAUUUUCCAAAGAUCGGGGAAUAAUUCUUGAAAACGUGCAUGGAAGUCGGUGAUUGGACAUCGUCCAAGUGAAAUUGGCACGAAAGCGAUCCUCCUUUUCGUAAUUUGCUGUCAAAGAAUACAGAAUAAAUCGAGAAUCCUCCCACUUGCUUCGGUAUUCCGUCAUUAAUUCGAACGACCGUGUAAUUUUAAUCGAAAAUUUUUAAUCUCGAAUAUCGUUCGAUUUAUUUUAGUCUAAUGGUAUCGUUGCGCGUUGGACUUUGAUUACCAAUCGUUUAAAAAAUUGGAAAAUAACAGUCGUCGAAACGCGCCCUUGAAUGCACGCGAAAUAAAAAUGAUUGUCGGAUCGCGUAUUAAAAAGUUAUUGAAACGAGGGUGGAGACGGGUGGCGGCGAUUUCGAAAAGUCGAAAGGAAACGGAACGCUCGACGAGACACAAGGGAAUCUCUCGCGGAGGCUUCGCGGGCCUCGAUCGCGCACGAACGAAGGAUCUAUAACGCAUAUUAUACGUAUAUCAGUAAACCCAUGACAUGUGUGCUCCUUUUGGACGUGUGAUGCGUAAACCCUUGCUCCAGCCAGUCGCAGAAGUUUAUUGUGGGAACUGAGAAAACCGAUUUUCAAAGGAGGUACGCACAGAGACCAGAAAAUAAAAAAUUAAUGGGACAACGCUCGACCAAAUAUGGCCGCGUGGGAUCGUCCGCGCGGCUAGUAGAGAAUAUAACGAAGAGAAAGUAAAAAAGAAUAAAAAAAAAAAAAAUACGAAAGGAAUAUUGUCCAAGGAAAAAAAGAAGUUUUUUUAGGCGAGAAGGGGGGCGAACGAAUUGUCCAUGGUCUGUGAAUUCCUCGAACGACGAGUUCGAGGGAGUAAAAACGAGAAAGGAAAAACCAAACGGACAGCCAUUUUGCGUAACACGUCUAAUAACGUUGAUCUUCUAUGAUUUUAAUGUGUGUUCUUGCUACUAUCCGACAUAAGUAUGGGUCACAGCCGCGAGCUGCUCGCGCCUGGCGCCGGAAGUGGAGCCUUUGCGGUCCCGGAAACGGGACCGGUUUACGCGAGAAUGCGAACGAAACGACUAUAAGACGAAUAAUCGGACAUUGGUCGUAUCUUCUUCUUUUUUUCUUUUUUAUCCUUUAUUUUUAAGUUUAUUUUAUUCCUUCUUUUAUUUUAUUUUUUGUUUUUUUAAUGCGUCGCGAGUUAAAGCGAGAUGAAAUCUCGAUGGAAUUCGAAGCAUUUCGAACGCGAUCCUACGCUCGACGCGCCGCGAUUUUUGGCGUCGAGUCUCGAUCCGAAACACGUGACUUCUCAAUUGCCGCUUCCUUUCGGUCCCGUGAACGUGUUUAGUUCGUGUUGACGGGUGUCAGUGCCAAACUACGAUCAUUUUUCGGUUCUUCGCGGUCACUUUGUUCUCCGUAGAGCCCCUCGAGUCGUUGAACGGCGGGGUAAUUUUUGAAACUUUAUUACCACUCUGUAGAAUGGCGUCGUUGGUGUGCUCGGUUCGAAUUGAAAACCAUUCGGUAUUAUUUCUCUUAUAAACUGUAUUUAACGAAGAAGCAGUAGUACGUCGUCUCUAGAAAUUUUUAAAUAUAUGUAUAUCAAGGGCGUAAUAUACAUGGUAUUAUUUUUUUAUUACAAGGUAGCGCGUGAUCGAGAUGUAUUUUCAAAAAUUUUAGUUAGAAUAUAUGGAAAGACGUACGGCACGCGUGGUAUUAAUUUUUUUUAGCAAAAAGAAGAAAUAGAUUUUUCCUGCCAUUUUCGUGGCGCUGCGCGCUCGACGUUCUCCGUAGGCCUCCGUGCGUUAGGUCAACGUUUAGUUGAAAGGUCGUUGCCCAAAAUCGGGACCUAUUCGACGCGAGUACACGACCGUUCGGGAUGUUCUAAAGCGUUUCAAAGAGCCUCCCUAACAACCCCAUCGAUCCCUUCGUCCUUUGCAAAAACAAAACACCCCUGUAACACGUAUGUUUACUCCCCCCGGCGAAAAAGUACCGUCUAUUAUUUUCACGUACAGUCGAACUUGGUUAUAACGAGCACGGACGUAUCGAAGUCGCGGCUGUAACGAGCAAGAAAAGCCAUAUUGAUUCUAAUGCACGCGUAUUCUUAUCAAAUCACUCGUUUUUACAGUGCUCGGGGAAACUCGUGAUAUCUUGAAAGGGAUCUCGCAAAUAAAAAGACUAAUUUACAUCGUAUUUAUUACUAAUAUUCUUCUUAAUUACGAAUAUAUUGCGUUUAAUGCAAAGGUAUUGAUCGUGUUUAAUAUUAAGCGUAUCGUAGUUUAAACAAGCAUAUUGAUAUAAAUAAUAUGCCCACGUGUAAAUAUAUUCUUUCUCCCAAUAUCAACAUUUCUUGAAUCUGUGUCUUUAACGAGUUCUUGACAAUUUGAACGAUUAACCUAACUCGCCGCUAAUCAGUGAGUAAUAGUUUUAACAAGGAAAUUUUGUUGAUCGUUAUAAUCGAGUUCGACUAUGUAUGCAGUAUUCCCUCGCAGGUUGCAACGAAGUUACCCUCGCCAUAUGAAUAUUAAGCGAACAGUUUCUUGGAGAAAGGACGUAUAUCAACUUCAUUUUACUGUGGAAUGGUGGUUAACGAAUCACGUUCCCCUUAGUGGGUUAUUAUUUAUUUAAAAAAAUAAAAAAGUGUGUCGGAGCGUAACGUACGCCCUAUUUUCAAGGAAUUGUUUGUCCCCUGCGUGUACCUACGUUCCACCGUACCUCCCUCGCAGGUUGCAACGAGCAGGUUCGGACGAAAUUGCAGCCUGCAAGGGGUUGCUGUGUUUUCCCGCGUUUUUUUACGGCGUUCUGAUGUCUAAAAUCCUCCGUAACGCGCGUUUACUUUGUUCCACCGAGUUUCUUUGUUUACCCGCGCGUCUGUGUAUAUUUUUCCCACCCCCGAAUAUCUCGCGGCGUCCACCCCCAUCCCGGAAACUACCGCGUUUGUUUUCGCGUUGCCCUCCGUUCAUCGUCGCGUUUCCGGCGCGUCGAUUUCCACGGCGACGGCGCGUCUCGACGGACGAUCGUGAAUCGAGAGUCCGCCUCGCUGCUUAUCGUGUAAUAUUUCUAGUAAUAAAAUGGCGCCGCGAUCGCGUCGCGGGCCUUUCUCGUCGUUUUCGCUGUUUUUUCUACCUCCUCUCUCUUAAGAAUCGAUGAACAGCGGAAGUGGGCGCGACGGGGAUUCGCGACGAUGGACGCACAUUAGCGCGGAAGUCGGAAUUGGGAAUGUCACGGACUCAGAGGGGUUGGGCGGGGGUACAAAAGAAAAGAAAAAAAGACCACGUGGAGGUAACGGUUAAACGGGAAACAGGGGAGGGGGGGGACCACGCGCGAGAAAUGAAAAAGAAAAGAAAAUGAAAACGGGAGGUAGUCAAAGGCCACUUCCGUCAGCCAAUCAUCGGCGGCAGUGUAAGAAUUACGGUCUGAAACAUAAUAAAGAUAAUGAAAGAAUAUUAUUAUAAAAUGAAAUGAAU